GCUCAAGGAGGCCCUCCUCUAUCACCCCUGGAGGGGGGGAAUUAACUCUCCCAAGAUACUAUUCCAUUGCCUUGUUUUAUUUUCUUCAUGGACCCUUUCUCUGAAAUAAUUUUAUUCAUUUAUUUUAAUGUUCAUUAUCUGCACCCCCACCCCCUCCCCCAGGUUCAUUCUUCAUAGCCUAUCUUGCUCACUUAAGGAUUUAUUUCUUGCACAAUGGGUUGAAUGAAAAUCUCCCUUGCAAAGAAUAAGUGCAAAGCAGAUAUCAAACUGAGAACACCACGUUCCUUGGGAUUCGACAAUUCUAACUUGCAGAAAAGAGCUAGUUCAGUUCUUCAGUGGAAAAGUGGGAAGCAUAUAGGCUCUCGGGGUUCAGAACAGGUGAAAUGUAACCCACUCCUGCCCCUUCUCUCUUGUCCCCCAGCCUCAGCCCCGCUCAGCUGAGGAAUGUAGAAAGCUGCUCCAGCUGCAAAAGGGCGCCGCGCGCUCAGAUGCUCCUCCGCAGGCCGCGUCUAGCCGCGCGCAAGCCGAGUUCGGCCGGGGAGGUGGGUGGGAAGAAGCCGGGAGGGGAAGGUCUGGGGGUGUGAGGGUGGAGCGGAGCCCGGCUCCGCGAUCCGGCCCGCGUUUUGCAUGCCACCCACUCGCCCGCUCGGCCGCGGAGAAUUCCAUAAUCACAGCGGGCGAGAGCGGAGACUGGGAGCGAAAAAUCCGGGAUCCGGCAACUUUGGGCAGCGCAUGCGCGCCCGCGGCGCUCCAUCCCAAACACACACACAUUUUUCCCCCGGACUUGGAAAGUCACCCAAAGCCGCCCCAAGUGCAGGCAAACAGACCUCGCUGACUGAAGGCAAAGACACCGUCCAGCCCACCUGCCCUUCCAGCUGCUGCGGUCCUCAGCCCCUGCUGUCGAAGGGGGUCCUGCAGCUCAGAGGUGUGCAUCGGUUGGAAUGGACUUGGGAUCCCAGCCUCUUGAGAUGCAAAGGUAGCUGUUCCGAUCCCCAACAUGUGACUGGGAAAUGAUGAAGUGACGCCCCUACUUGAAGAGAGGAGCCUCCAAGGACCUGCUACAAGAGUUUGGGAUCGAAGAGAGCAGAAUGGAUCUCGGUACAGCUGAAGGCGCCCGGUGCACUGACCCGCCUGCAUGCAAGCCUACAAUGGCCGCCAAGCGCAAAGGUGGCCUGAAGCUCAAUGCCAUCUGCGCCAAGCUGAGCCGCCAGGUGGUGGUGGAGAAGGGAGCAGAGGCUGGCUCCCACACUGAGGGCAGCCCGCUGCGGUCCCGGGACAAGGACGGUGGUGGCACCGAGCCAGGGGUGGCCCGGGCUCCCCGGAGCGAAGAGGACAAGAGGCGGGCGGUGAUCGAGAAGUGGGUGAAUGGGGAGUACAGCGAGGAGCCAGGACCCGUGCCCAUCUUGGGGCGGCUUGUCCGCGAGGGCCUGGAGCUGCCACCCGAGGGUGUCUACAUGGUGCAGCCCCAGGGCUGCAGCGAUGAGGAGGACCACAGCCAGGAGCCCUCCAAGGAUGGCAGCGUCGUCGUGGAGGAGAAGGACUUGGACGGGGUAGCCUCCAAGGACAGCAGCCCCCGUGCCAAGCAGGCUUCAGGAGAGGCCUCCUCGCUGCGGGACUACGCGGCCUCCACCAUGACUGAGUUCCUCGGCAUGUUUGGCUAUGACGACCAGAACACGAGGGACGAGCUGGCCAGGAAGAUCAGCUUCGAGAAGCUGCAUGCGGGGUCCACCCUUGAGGCAGCCGCCUCCUCCAUGCUGCCCACCUCGGAGGAUGCCCUGAGCAAGCGGGCGCGUUUCUCGAAGUACGAGGAGUACAUCCGCAAGCUCAAGGCCGGCGAGCAGCUCCCCUGGCCGGCCCACAGCACCAAGGCUGAGGACCGCGCGGGCAAGGAGAUGGCGGGCCCCCUGCCCGGCCUGCGGCUGCCCAGUAACACAGCACAGCUGGAGACCAAGGCCACCAUCCUGCCCCUGCCCUCGCACAGCAGUGCCCCCAUGCAGGGCCUCAUGGCCCGUGCCUCUAAGUAUGACUUCUUCAUCCAGAAACUGAAGACGGGUGAGACCCUGAGGCCCCAGAAUGGGAGCACCUACAAGAAGCCAUCCAAGUAUGACCUGGAGAACGUCAAGUACCUGCACCUCUUCAAACCUGGGGAAGGCAACCCCGACAUGGGCGGGGCCAUAGCCUUCAAGACGGGCAAGGUGGGGCGCCCCUCCAAGUACGAUGUCCGGGCCGUCCAGAAGCCGGGCCCCACCAAGGUUCCGCCCACCCCCAGCCUGGCUCCCACACCCCUCGCCAGCGUGCCCAGUGCCCCCAGCGCCCCUGGGCCAGGACCUGAGCCACCUGCCUCCCUGCCUUUCAACACUCCUGAAUACCUGAAGUCGACCUUCUCCAAAACAGACUCCAUCACCACAGGGACCGUCUCCACUGUCAAGAAUGGAUUGCCCACAGAUAAACCAGCUGUCACCGAAGAUGUAAACAUUUACCAGAAAUAUAUUGCCAGGUUCUCGGGCAGUCAGCACUGUGGCCACAUCCACUGUGCCUACCAGUACCGCGAGCACUACCACUGCCUCGACCCUGAGUGCAACUACCAGAGGUUCACGAGCAAGCAGGACGUGAUCCGGCACUACAACAUGCACAAGAAGCGCGACAACUCCCUGCAGCACGGCUUCAUGCGCUUCAGCCCGCUGGACGACUGCAGCGUCUACUACCACGGCUGCCACCUCAACGGGAAAAGCACCCACUACCACUGCAUGCAGGUGGGCUGUAACAAGGUGUACACAAGCACGUCAGAUGUGAUGACGCAUGAGAACUUCCACAAGAAGAACACGCAGCUCAUUAACGACGGCUUCCAGCGCUUCCGAGCCACCGAGGACUGCGGCACAGCCGACUGCCAGUUCUACGGGCAGAAGACCACACACUUCCACUGCAGGCGCCCUGGCUGCACGUUCACCUUCAAGAACAAGUGUGACAUUGAGAAGCACAAGAGCUACCACAUCAAGGAUGACGCCUACGCCAAGGAUGGCUUCAAGAAGUUCUACAAGUACGAGGAGUGCAAGUACGAGGGCUGCGUGUACAGCAAGGCCACCAACCACUUCCACUGCAUCCGCGCCGGCUGCGGCUUCACCUUCACCUCCACCAGCCAGAUGACCUCCCACAAGCGCAAGCACGAGCGGCGGCACGUCCGCUCCUCGGCCAUGCUGGGGCUGCCGCCCGCGCUGCUGGGCGCCAAGGACACGGAGCACGAGGAGUCGAGCAACGACGACCUGGUCGACUUCUCUGCCCUGAGCAGCAAGAACUCCAGCCUGAGCGCCUCCCCCACCAGCCAGCAGUCCUCCGCCUCCCUGGCCACCGCCUCCGCCACCGUGGAAGCUGUGCCCAGUGCCACCAAGCCUCCCAACAGCAAGAUCUCCGGGCUGCUGUCCCAGGGCCUGCCGGGCUCCAUCCCCCUGGCACUGGCCCUCUCCAACUCGGGCCUGCCCCCCGCCGCUCCCUACUACAACAUGCUUCCGGGUCGGGGGAGCGCCUCCCUGCCCGUGGGCGCCGCCGGCCUCAUGGGUGCCAUGUCCUCCACAGCGGCAGCCCCAGCGCCUCCCGACACGCCCACCCUGGCUGCCCCAGGAGUCGGCGACGCAGCGGCGGCCUCUGUCACAGUGGCCCCUGCCUCCAUCGUGGAGAGGAUCUCUGCGAGCAAGGGUCUCAUCUCACCCAUGAUGGCCAGGCUGGCCGCGGCAGCCCUCAAGCCCUCCACCACCUUUGACCCAGGAAACGGGCAGCAGGCCACCCCUGCCAGGUUCCCCGCAGCCUCGGUGAAACAGGAGCCCGGUGAGAACACUGGGGCCCCAGUUCCCCAAGAGGCUUCCCAGGACCGCAGUUUAGACCUGACUGUGCAGGAGCCCAGUAAUGAAUCAAAUGGCCACGCAGUCCCGGCAAAUUCAUCUCUUUUAUCCUCGCUUAUGAAUAAGAUGUCUCAGGGCAACCCCAGCCUUGGCAGCCUGCUGAACAUCAAGAUGGAAGCGGAGGGGGGCGCUGCCGUGGAGUCCUCGCCCUUCCUGGGCAAGGCCGUGAAGGCGCUGGUUCAGGAGAAGCUGUCAGAGCCCUGGAAGGUGUACCUUCGCAGGUUCGGUACCAAGGACUUCUGCAACGCCCAGUGCGACUUCCUUCACAAGGCCCACUUCCACUGCGUGGUGGAGGAGUGCGGGGCACUUUUCAGCACCCUGGACGGCGCCAUCAAGCACGCCAACUUCCACUUCCGGACGGAGGGCGGAGCAGUGAAAGGAAGCACAGAGGCCUCGUUCCCGGCCUCAGCCGCUGAGACCAAAGCUUCCUUGGCGCCCUCGUCCCCUCCAGCGCCUCCCGUCACCACAGCCAUGGCUUCCUCUCUGGAGGGACCCGCUCCCAGCCUGGCGGCCGUGCCCUCCACCCCCACCCUGCUCGCCUGGAGGCAGCUGGCUUCCGCCGUACCCCAGAUGCCUCAGAUUCCAGCAGCAGUGCCUCACCUGCCCGCUUCGCCCUUAGCAACGACUUCUCUAGAAAACGCCAAGCCCCAGGUCAAGCCCGGAUUCCUCCAGUUCCAGGAGAACGACCCUUGCCUCGCAACGGACUGCAAGUAUGCCAACCAGUUCCAUUUCCACUGCCUCUUCGGUAACUGCAAGUACGUCUGCAAAACCUCUGGCAAGGCCGAGUCCCACUGCCUGGACCACAUCAACCCCAGCAACAACCUGGUGAACGUGCGAGACCAGUUUGCCUACUACUCCCUUCAGUGUCUCUGUCCCAACCAGCACUGUGAGUUCCGAAUGCGCGGGCACUACCACUGUCUCCGGACUGGCUGCUACUUUGUGACCAACAUCACCACCAAGCUGCCAUGGCACAUAAAGAAGCAUGAGAAAGCAGAGAGGCGGGCAGCCAAUGGCUUCAAGUACUUCACCAAGCGCGAGGAGUGCAGCAGGCUAGGGUGCAAGUACAACCAGGUGAACAGCCACUUCCACUGCAUCCGGGAGGGCUGCCAGUUCUCCUUCCUCCUGAAGCACCAGAUGACCUCUCACGCCCGGAAGCACAUGAGGAGGAUGCUGGGGAAGAACUUCGAUCGCGUGCCCCCCUCCCAGGGGCCCCCGAGCCUGAUGGACACGGAGACAGAUGAGUACAUGGAUUAUACUGGCUGCAGCCCGGGCGCCAUGUCCUCCGAGUCGUCCACCAUGGACCGCAGCUGCUCCAGCACCCCUGUGGGCAAUGAGAGCACCGCAGCAGGGAACACAAUCUCCAUGCCGACAGCCUCCGGGGCCAAAAAGCGCUUCUGGAUCAUUGAGGACAUGUCGCCUUUUGGCAAGAGGCGCAAGACGGCCUCCUCGCGCAAGAUGCUGGACGAGGGCAUGAUGCUGGAGGGCUUCCGCCGCUUCGACCUCUACGAGGACUGCAAGGACGCGGCGUGCCAGUUUUCGCUCAAGGUCACCCACUACCACUGCACGCGCGAGAACUGCGGGUACAAGUUCUGUGGGCGCACGCACAUGUACAAGCACGCCCAGCACCACGACCGCGUAGACAACCUCGUGCUGGACGACUUCAAGCGCUUCAAGGCCUCUCUCAGCUGCCACUUCGCCGACUGCCCCUUCUCGGGCACCAGCACGCACUUCCACUGCCUGCGCUGCCGCUUCCGCUGCACCGACAGCACCAAGGUCACGGCGCACCGCAAGCACCACGGCAAGCAGGACGUGAUCAGCGCCGCGGGCUUCUGCCAGUUCAGCUCGAGCGCCGACUGCGCCGUGCCCGACUGCAAGUACAAGCUCAAGUGCUCGCACUUCCACUGCACCUACCCGGGCUGCCGCCACACGGUCGUGGGCAUGUCGCAGAUGGACUCGCACAAGCGCAAGCACGAGAAGCAGGAGCGCGGCGAGCCGCCCGCCAGCCCGCCCGGCGCCGAGGGCCCCGCGCCCGGCCCGGCCGUCAGCCUGGACGGCUCGCUGUCGCUGGGCGCCGAGCCGGGCGGCCCCCUGCUGUUCCUGCAGGCGGCCGCCGCCGGCCUGGGCCUGGGGCUGCGCGACGCGGGCGACCCCGGCCCGCCCGACGCCCCCGCGCCCCGCGGCGGCCCCGCCGCGCCCGCGCCCGGCCCGGCCGCCGGGGAGUCGUCGCAGGAGGACGACGACGAGGAGCUGGAGGCGAACGACGAGGAGGCGGACGACGACGAGGACGACGACGACGAGGACCUGCGCACCGACUCGGAGGAGUCGCUGCCCGAGGCGGCGGCGCGCAGCCCGCAGCUGGCGGCCCCCGCGCCCCCGGCCGCCGCCUCGCCCUAGCGCCGCGGGGACGCCGCCCGGCCCGGGCCCCGCCUCUUUAUAUUACUGUUAUUAUUAUUAAUUUUGUAAGAAAGGGUAUUUAUACGCGAGGCUUCCCUGUGUGCAGAGCUAGGCGUCCGUUUCGGCUCCCGCGCCGGGCCCGGGCCUCCCCCCCACCCCCGCCAGCCCCGCCGGUGCUUCCCGGACCCCGAGUCCGUCUCAGGACCGAGGCGAGGGCCCCCCUCUGGUGCUCCGGGGCCGCCGGGGGGCCCUGGUCUCGCUGCAGCUCGGGAACCUGCUUCAGGGAAACAGAAGGUGCUCUCGCCCGGCGGGGAACGAGGGGCAGGGGUCCCCGAGGGCGAGGCGCGCGCAGCCCCCCCCCCUCCGCGGCCGCACCCGGGCCCCGCGACCACGCUGGGGGGAUUCCUCAUUGCUCAGGACUGGGGCGGGCGCCGGGGGUCGCUGCGCCUCCGGCAGGGCCUCCCAUCCAUUGCAGCUAAGACCCUCCCUCCUUGCCCUGGGGGAGGGCGGGUCAGAAGGCGCCAGCACCGGUGACACUACAGGGACCGAGGAGGAAACCUCAUGGGCUUAGCAGAGCGGGGAGCCCCGGGCCGCUCUGCCCCAGCUGGAAGGCUGGGGCCCAGGAAGUGGGCGUGGUGGCCUGAAGGGGGCUCCCCGGCCCCAGCCACUGUCCCCACAUCCCAGGCGGCGUUCAUCCACAGACGGAAGGGCAGCCUCAGGGGUCUCAGACACCCGGGUGGUGGGAGCAGGAAGGAUGCGAUUGUUUGGGGCUUUAAUAUUCAAAAUUGGAAAAAAUGCAAGAAAGUUGUACAGUAUUUUUCCUGUAAAGGUUAUUAUUCUACAUAGAACAAAAAGGAAAAAAAAAAAAAAAGCAGGCGGGCAGUGACAGCACAGACCCGCCUCUGGACCAGCCCUGAGGUUGGAGACCGAGUGCAAUUGCUCACGUGGGAUUUUAUUUAGCAUUUUAGAGGCCUUACCAGUGUGAGGCUUUCUGUCUUUACACUAGCACUGAUGGGAGCUGCGUGAUUCCAACUUUUAACUUGAAUUUUGUAGAGACAAGAAAAAAGGACUAUUACUGUUGAGACAAGUUUGUAGUUAAUUUAACAUUUGAGUUUCUCUCUUUUGGUUAUGCGUGUGGCUUUAUAGGGCCCUUUUUUUUUUUUUCCAGUUUGUUUUUAUUAGUUUGUUCGGGAUGCUUCUUUGCUGGUACAACCCACCCAGAUUUGGUGCCCUUUUCAAAACAUGACCCGUUCCUGGAGACGAUGAGGUCACCGAGUCCAGAGCAGGGCGCUAGCUGGGCGGCUCACACCCAGCCAGUGGCUCUGCGGGUGACCCGGACAGGGGGCCGGCUGCCCAGUGCCUCCCCUGUUCUCUCUCGCACGCCAGGCCCGGCCACCAGCCCAUCUCAAGUUGGACCCUGAGAUGCAAGGAAGAGGGCAGGGCCCAGCCUGCGGGAGGGACUGUCACCCUGAGCUGCCCCCGCCCAGGUCUCCUGGGGAGCCUGACCAGUGGUGUCUUCCUUUCUUCGUCUUCUUUUUUUUUUUUUUUUUUUUUUUUUGUCCUCUUGGCUGCCCACAGCCAGAAAGCCAGGACCACCUGAACUGGAGAGGGAGCAGGGAGGGAGGCGGGGUCAGACAGCGCGUACCUGAUUCAACAGCAACAGACCUUCUCUAAACGCCCCGGCCAGAGCCUCCUGCAGCCUGUGGGCACCACGUGCUGCUGCUGAGCGUUCGCCCAGACUUUGUGCCCUGCCGCAGAACCCGUGGGUCUGUGGAAGGAGUUUUGUAAAGGAAAACAAACAAACAAACAUUUUUCAAUGUAGCAAACUCAAAAAAGAAAAGAAGAUGCAGACAGUGCGAAGUCUAGCCUUUUGUAACCUUCAUAUUGCACACUAGGACUAUAAGCCAUUGCUAGCUCAUUUUGAAUUUAAUGUGUAAUUUUUGUUUUAUUUUCUUUCUGUGGGGAAAAAAUGCUUGAUCCACCAAUGCUCUUUUUAAUGUUUUAUAACUAUGUAUGUGUAUAUAUAUAAAUAUAAAAUAAUAUGUAUGCACAUAUGUGUGUGUAUAUAUCUAUAUGUAUAUACAUAUAUAGAUAUAUAGAGAUAUAUAGAGAGGUUUUGAGACGAAAAAUGCAGAACGUGAAAACCGAAUUGAACAGCGUGUGCUCUGAUUACUUGAAUCUGGUCUCCUCGGCACCUGGUUAUUAAGAACUGAAUAUUUUUCCACUUGAAUUUAGUGCUAUUAGAAAUUUAAUAUAUGUGUUUUAUUUAUUUGAUUUUUUUUUUUUUUUGCAUGACUGAUGCAAGGUUUGACAUUUUCACUCAAUAAAAACUGGAAAAAAAUCU